AUGCUCCUCGGGAACCCCGGCAAACACCCUCCGUGGCCCGCGAACCGCGCGGCGCGCUCUGCGGCAAAGCCCCGGGCUGAGAGGGGCGAGCCCGCUCCAGGGUCCCGGGGCGAGAGGGGAGCCCAGACCGAGGAGCGGCGCCGGGCCAGGGGCUCCGGGGCGACUUACGGCGGCGGCGGCGGCUGCGGGCGAGGCGGCGGCGGCCCUAGCGCGGGGCCCGGGAGGCGCGGCCGGACUGCAGAGGCGCCGAGGCUGCGGCGGGCGGGACUGCGGUGGGCGCCAUCUUGGAGCGCUCCCCGCGCCCGUCCCCCGCGCCGCGCGAGCCCUUGCAUAAUUGAUGACUCGAGCCGCGCGCGCCCCCGCCGCCGCGCGCCCCCGCCGCCGGGCCCCCGCGCGACCCUCUGCGCGCGCCCCCCGCUCGCAGCCCCCGCGCCCGCCCGCUCGCCCUCCCGCCCUAGCCCCGCGCCCUCCGGCCCGCCCGACCCGCGGCCACCUACCCUGCCGGGCGCACCCGCCCGCCUGCCCUCUCGCUACCGGCUCGCCGACCUGCGUCCCCGCGCUCCGGACGGCAUGCGCGCGGGAGCCCGGCCGGCAGGGGGCGCCGCGCCCGAGCGCCUGCCAGCGUCCCCGGGCCCGCCCCCGCGACGCCCCCACGGGCCCCGCCAGCACAGGCGUUGA